CUCCACGUGACGCGUGUUUACAUUUAGUGAUUUUGCUGUUUCCCCAUGUUAACUCUCACCUCAAAUGAAAACAAAACGGACAUUUGUGGCCGGGAGCUAUCAAGUGAAUUAAAACACAUUCACAUAAUUACGUACGUGUGGCAUUAUGCCGUAAUAAAGAACCAGGCAUGAUUAAUACAGUACUGGCGCUACAAGAAAAUUUACGUCCCGAAAACCACACUGAAAAGCUUAAUAUCAGGUCGAGGUCUACUGCAUUGGGAAUCUGGACAUACGAAUGUGCCUAAGCCUGUGCUGGUUGAUAUGGUGGAGGUCACUGCUUGUGAGGCCUGCUCUACUCCGCAUCAGGAGAGUAAGGACCACACCUCUGGUCAUUGCAAGUAUCAGGUCAUGAGAAUUGCUGCCAAGCAACGCCACUUCAAGAGAGAGUGCCACACGCAGCAACAGUUUUUGCAUGAGAAGCGUACCAUUCUGUGCUUGGCUUCAGAUUUUCAUGGCUAUAUAAGAGGCAGAAUAGCAUCUCCUGUCAUGCAUUCCAAGAGGGAGAUCACAACAGACAACAUCAUGAACCACUUGGCAAUUCUUUCCUGUGUUGCUGUCUGCGUGUGUGUUGGGCUGGUUUCAGCUGCAAGAGUAGAACUUGUACCUGUGUAUGAUCAAGUUGUUGAUGAAUCAUCAUUUGUUCCUCAAGUUAUUGCCAGAGGUGCUUCAGAUUUAGAAACAGCUGCAAGUGGUCAUGGUCACUAUGGUCGAGUGCAGAUCAAGGUGUACAGAGGACCUACAACACAUGGACACCAUGAACACUUUGCUCCUCAUGGAUUCUGGGUGAAACAACCAGCUGAUGACCAUCAUUAACUGUGUUGCUGCAGUACUUGUUGAUCGAAGCGAGUGUAAUAAUUUGUUAUCUGUUUUUACAAUAAAGAUGUUGAAAUAAUUUUAAAAUCUUUUUGUACCAGACUGUAAGUCGCUGAUUUACACUUCUAAGUCACUUACAAGAAAUUAUGCUAUACAUGUCAUGUAGUAUUCACACUUUGGGAAGAAGGGGAAGAAAAGAGCUAGAAUGAGGUAAUGAAAAUUGUACCUCUAUUUACAUCAUGCAAUAAAUAUAGUAAGCAGGAACAUAAUGGCAAAGAGUAUUUUUGAAUCAUUUUUUAAACUAUACAAGAAUGUACCAACUGAUUACAAUGUACAUAAUAUGCUAAAAUUACUUUUAUCAGAAAGCUGUAGAAUGUUCUUAAACAAAGAUCUAGUUGUCAUUAGAACUAUCAACAUCUUACACUCACAAAAUUAUGGCUGACUUUGACUACUGCUGCCUUAAAAAUUUCAGUUCAAACAGUUAUAAGAACUGCUUGCAAAAAGAAGGAAAUGAUAUGUUAAACUGCAAAUAUUAGUUUUGUAUCGCUUCAUAUAAUUAUCCGAUAUGUACUGCAUGAAGGGGCUUAUUUACAAUGUAAACACUGCACAAUACAUGUACUGACACACAAAUAUGAGAACUCUGGUCUUUAAAUUUUAGGUCUCUGACCAAGGAUUGCAGACAUUGGCAUAAUAGACACUACAUUAAUUAUGGAUACAUUGCUCCAGACAACAGUGAACACAGAGAUCAGGGAGUGAAAGUAUGCAGAUACCACAGACAUUUUACCUUGAAGUCAAAAAGCUGUACACUGUGAUCGAAUUGUUGUGAAAGCAUUUCAUAUAGUUCAGUUCAGAUCUUUGCAUUGUAUAUACCUCUGAACAUUAAUUUUCAAUGAGUUUGGUGCAUCAGUAUCAGAAACAAACUAAGUAUCAAAUUAAGUCAAACACCAUACUACAAUUCCAUCACUAUCAGUACAGCCCUGGCCAUUCAAGUUGUGAGCAAUUCGUAUCAUAAUACCUAUGCCUCCAAAGUUAAAUUUUAUAAUCCACAUCAUUAAUGAUUUUGGCAAGGUUACCGAAAAUGUAACCAGGAUACCUUCUUCUCUUAAUUUGUGAAUUCGAAAAGUCAUACUGCAAGGUUGUUAAGUAAAUGAAUGAAAUCAUACGUAAUUCAGUAAGCAUUUUGAUUUUUUAACAUGAUUAUAAUUAAAAUGUCAUGUAUGUUAUUUGCCUUGUAACCAUUGUUUUUAAUCUUAAUACAUUAAAAUAUCAUUAACUGUCUGCAGAUAUAUAUGAAAUCUUAUAAGCAUUUGGUUUGAGGCAAGUGCAUUUUGAUUAGCACUUGAUAAGAUUGUCUUGUCAUUGUAUGACUUUCUUCACAAGCAGAUAGCAUCAGUGUUUUAAGUCAGUGCCAUGUAAGGAGUUAAAAAAGCUAUCUUUAAAAUAAUUUUACAGAUUAUGAUAAAGAUCUAACAGAAAUCACCACAGAAUACAUAAUAUUACAGCUUCCAUUUGGAAUACACUUUAAUGUGAAACUUGCUUAUUAAAAGUGCAUGUAAAUGAGAGGCCAGAUAAAUUUCAGUCCACAGGUACAACAUAAAGGAGUGACUCCCUAAUUGGUUCUCGCAUAUUUUCUGCUACUGUUCUGUCAUCCCAGUUAAUGCUAAGUGGAUAUGACAGAAUCCAAUUACAUCUUUCAGAUUUAAUUCUCUUUAAAUUUGAGUAGCCCCUUGUAAUUGGCUAGGUGGGUAAGAGAAAAAGUUCGUUGAAUACGAUUUCCAAUAGGACCUAUAAAGAAUUGCAGUGCUCAGUCUGCAAGUGGAAGAUGGUUCAUUUGUACAGUAAAUUAAAGUAUGUGAAACACAUGACACCGAUUAAAGAAACAUAUUAUCAAAUGAAACAGCAUGAAAGGCCUAUAAAAGCAUAGAAUAUUUUUGGCUAUUUUUGUCAAAGUUCUGGAAGCUUGGAAGUAUGUAUUAUUUUAAGUAAUUGGCUCUCAUCAAGCAUACUGUUUCCAAUACAUAUCAUUAUCCUUGAAUUUGAUUUUACUCCUGUUGUGGAUAGCUAUUCUGUUUGUAUUUUAUAAGUAGGCUAAUACAAAUGUUUCCUGAUUUUCACAAUUUGCAGGUCUCCUACAGUUCCGAUAGCUCAAAUGACGUUAUUUAAAAUUGCAGAGAUAAUUUAUUCUUGAGGCACUUUUUAAAGUGAAGACCAGUCAUGGGUCAAGAAAAAUACUCAGUACAAGUUGUUGGCUUUGACCAGUGACAAAGUUAGUGGCUGCUGUAAUAUCACAUUUUGGUGCAUAUACUCACAGUUUUGUUGUUAGGUGACAAGCCAACAAAUGGGGGGGAGGGGGGGGGGAGGAAAAAACAAAAACCUGGUUGGGGUGACAAAGUUACCUAUAAUGUAGCACGUUUGGAAAAUUCUCUUAUAAUUAUUGACUAUGGCAAUAAAGUGAAUAAGUUGACAUGCCUUCACUACUGACAGGUACUCUUAUCAAUUUACAACAAUAACUUAUGUCGGACAAAAUGAAGAGGAAAUGGCAGGGAUUGGUCUUAAGAUCACAUAGAUUAAAUAUGCAGUAGUAUCACAAAAAAACUGUUUACACAUUACAAAAUGGGUCCCCUUGUAAUGUUUUAUUGAAAUACACUUUCAUUUUGCCGUCAGUUCACUUUCAAUCUGUAGCAGCCUCAUAUUCACAUGGUACGUAUUUCCAGGCACUUUGUGUGUCAUAUCAGGAGCAGCUAGUCGCUGGAAGCAUGGUGCUGGUGAAAAUGCUUGGAAUUUAUACAGAUUUUGCUGUUAUGCAAAUAAAUAAAUUAGCGGUGGUAUUUUGUUACUUAGACGUUAUGUAAUUCCAGAAGUUAUAUGUAACAUAAUAACAGCACUUCCCUUUAUUUUUAUGCAUAACAAGUAAGCUAUAUAUAAAUUCCAACUAUUUUCACUGGAUCCUCUAUUCCAGCAACUAGCUGCAUCUGAUACAGAACAUAAACUCCCUGUAAAUACGUAACAUCUGAAGAUAAGCAUGCUGUGGCUCGAAAGUUAGUUCAUGGAAGAACUGGAGUGCCUUUAAAUUAAUAAUAAUAAAAGCAGUAACAGUGCAAAGCAUCCAAUAUUUUAACCACGGCUGCAGGCUCAGUGUCCAUUGUGGAUAAAUCUAUUUACAUGCAUGCAAAAACGAAGUAGAUGAAGAUAAACUGGGAGGUAUGAUACUGUAACAAGACUUUUACAGAGCACUGAAACACCAAAAUCGAAACAACGCCCUUGGUACAUGGAACUUCAUCACAACCAAAAUGCUUGGGAAAGCUUAAAAACUAAUGAUUAACAGUGUGUGCCAUCAGGCAGGAAAUAAAUUUGUUUGUAUUUACUUAAAUGGAUUUCAUCACAGCUGUUGCAUUUUCAAUGUGCACUUUUUUAAAAUACCUUCUGAAAAUAUAUUAUUUCGGUAAAAACAAAGGUACAUAGUGUCUGUGUCAAAAAUUUGUACAUUGUUUUCGGUUAUUUUCUAAUAUUACGGGAAGAUAAUUUAAUGCUUGGGCUUCUCUUUCUCCUGCACAGUGACUCUUUAACAGCACUUUUCUUUUUAAUUAACAUCAUCAGUUACGAAAAAAAAAAUCUGGUAAGAAAAAAAGGAUGGGGGAUGGGUGGUAUGUAUUUAAGCAGUACUACUCCUCUCCCCUCCCAUGUUUUAAAGUUUAUGUAUGGUGUACGUGCAUUAUUUGCAUCAAAAUACCAUUACAUAAUAUGCAUUUCCUGAAUCUACCUUGCUGAUUUAGUUUUUAUACUGAAAAGUCCAUUAAAAUGGAUGGCGAAGUGUGUUAAAAUACAGUGUUAGCAUACACAGUAGGUCACGCGACAGGGCAGUGUGUUGGCGAACUUUACCUAGCAUUCACAUUUGCUGGUUCUGGCAAACAGCAAACAAAUUAUCGUCUUCCACCUAACCUAGACCUCAGGCUACGUUACAGAUCAAUCCGUCACCAAAACGAAGUCCUCGGGGAUGGAGUCAAUCUCACUCUCGUGCCCGUUCAAACAUAGUUUUGCUUCUUUUCCCGAAGGAAAAACAGCAUUGUUACCUCGAACUUUAUAAACUGCUGUUCUGCCUACCUCCCAACCCUUCUUCGAAAUCCAGUUCAAAUUAUACCAAAUGUCUGGCAGAACAUUAUACACUCACAAGUAUAUAUAUAUGGCUUUUGUAAAUACUAUACAAAACUAGAUAAACUUGUCAUUGAAAAAAAUGCAUGAGUGAACAAAUAAUUAUAAGUUCGAUUUAUUUGGACGACAAAUAAAACUUUAAGAGGCAAUUCACUCUUCGUAUCAAUAGCAACAAAACCUUCAAUGCAUUGCUACUUCCCCAUCUUCGCACAUUUUAUUGCAUGCUCCCGAUGAUAUCCGCAUACAUUAACGUUCCAGCAGCGCGUAUCCG